AUGUUAGAAAGGUAACCUGUACAGUCACUUUUGACUUGUAGAUUUUAUGAAUCGCUAACUCAUUUACAUGUCUUUGCUUGUUUGUUUGUUUGUUUCUAUUUUGUGGACACUAGGAUUCUUAGGAAAGAUAAAGCUUUACCUCUCAAAGAGACCACUGCCAUCUCCUACUGACCGGAAGAAGUUCGAUCAAGACUUUGCCAUCUCCACUUCCUUUCACGGGAUACAUAAUAUUGCCCAGAACCAGAACAAGCUUCGGAAGGUGAUCUGGCUGUCUGUAGUGUUGGGCUCUGUCUCACUCUUGGUGUGGCAAAUCUACAGCCGUUUGGUCAAUUACUUCACGUGGCCAACGACAACAUCCAUAGAAGUUCAGUAUGUGGAAAAAAUUGAGUUCCCAGCUGUGACAUUCUGUAACUUGAACAGAUUCCAAACAGAAGCAGUAUCGAGGUUUGGCAUCAUUUUCUUCUUAUGGGACAUAAUCUCCAAAGUCCUCCGCCUUCAGGAAAUCAGUGCCAACAACACUGGCCCUCCAGAGACCUUAGAUUUUGUUACAAAUCACCAAAACUUCAGCAUUACAGAGUUUGUCAAGAACAAUGGUUUUUAUCUCAAUCACGACACUUUGGUGCACUGUGAGUUCUUUGGAAAAACAUGUGGUCCAAAGGAUUUCAAACACGUCUUUACUGAAUACGGGAACUGCUUCACUUUUAACCAUGGUGAGAAUAUCCAAAACAAGAAUAAAGUGAGUGUGUCCGGAAGAGGCUUAAAGUUGCUCCUCGAUGUCCAUCAGGAGGAAUUUACUGACAACCCAGUCCCUGGUUUUGCUGAUGCUGGGAUCAUCUUUGUUAUUCACUCACCCAAGAAGGAGCCCCAGUUUGAUGGCUUAGGUUUAUCUUCUCCUGUGGGGAUGCACGCACGGGUGACCAUCCGCCAACUGAAGACCAUCCACCAGGAGUACCCAUGGGGAGAGUGCAAUCCUGAUGUCAAGCUGAGGAACUUCUCCACCUACAGCACUUAUGGUUGUCUGAAGGAGUGCAAAGCCCAGCACAUACAAAGGCUGUGUGGAUGUUUGCCCUUUCUGCUUCCAGGAAAUGGUGUAGAGUGUGACCUACUAAAAUACUACAACUGUGUGUCUCCCAUCCUUGACCACAUCGAGCGUAAGGGACUAUGUACGAUGGGAACACACAACUCCAGCUGCCCUGUGUCGUGUGAAGAAACAGAAUACCCAGCUACUGUUUCUUAUUCUACUUUUCCAAGUCAAAGAGCAACAAAAUUUCUUGCCAAGAAAUUGAAUCAAAGCCAAGAAUAUAUCAGGGAGAACCUUGUGAACAUUGAAAUAAACUAUAGCGACUUAAACUAUAAGAUAACGCAGCAACAAAAGGCAGUGAGUGUGCCCGAGUUACUUGCAGAUGUUGGUGGUCAGCUGGGACUAUUUUGUGGAGCUAGUUUGAUUACAAUUAUAGAAAUUAUUGAAUAUGUAUUCACCAAUUUCUACUGGGUAUUCAUUUUCUUUUUGCUGAAAAUACUUGAAAUGAUCCAGCGGACUUCUCCACCUCAGGCAGUUUAGAAGAAUGUGAAUAUUCGAUUAGAAUAAAAGUGUUGGUUUUCUCUUCAUACUACAUGUAAUUAUAAUGGCCUAUUCAUUGUUAUGAGACUUUAUGUCAUAGUUUGGAAAGUCUAAUAAAAGUCAUUGAAGAUUCCC